AUGUCUGUUUCGGAGCUAAAGGAACGCCACGUGGCGGCUACUGAGACGGUCAAUUCUUUGAGAGAACGACUGAAGCAGAAACGCCUUCUUUUGCUUGAUACAGAUAUUGUGAGAUACGCGAGGGCGCAAGGGAGGAGUCCGGUGAGUUUUGGGCCCACCGAUCUGGUUUGUUGCAGGACUCUUCAAGGACACACUGGCAAGGUGUAUUCAUUGGACUGGACCCCCGAAAGGAAUAGAAUAGUAAGUGCUUCUCAAGAUGGGCGAUUAAUAGUAUGGAAUGCUCUAACAAGUCAGAAAACUCAUGCCAUAAAGCUACCUUGUGCGUGGGUGAUGACAUGUGCUUUCUCUCCUGCUGGACAAUCUGUUGCUUGCGGCGGUCUUGAUAGUGUUUGCUCAAUUUUUAACCUGAAUUCACCGACUGAUAAGGAUGGAAAUCUACCUGUAUCAAGAAUGCUUAGUGGGCAUAAGGGUUAUGUUUCGUCCUGUCAGUAUGUUCCAGAUGAGGAUACUCACCUAAUAACAAGUUCUGGUGACCAGACUUGUGUUUUGUGGGAUAUUACAACAGGCCUUCGAACUUCUGUGUUCGGAGGAGAAUUUCAGUCUGGUCAUACUGCUGAUGUGCUAAGUGUCUCGAUUAAUGGAUCAAACUCAAGAAUGUUCGUAUCUGGUUCCUGUGAUUCAACUGCCCGGUUGUGGGACACCCGUGUUGCAAGUCGAGCAGUGCGCACAUUUCAUGGGCAUGAAGGAGAUGUUAAUGCUGUAAAGUUCUUUCCAGAUGGUUAUAGAUUUGGAACUGGUUCGGAUGAUGGUACUUGCAGGUUAUUUGAUAUCAGGACUGGGCACCAGCUCCAAGUUUACUAUCAACACCAAGGUGAUAAUGAGAUCCCACAUGUAACCUCCAUUGCGUUUUCAAUAUCAGGAAGACUUCUCUUUGCGGGAUACUCAAAUGGUGAUUUUUAUGUGUGGGACACUUUAUUGGCAGAGGUUGUUUUGAACUUGGGAUCUUUGCAGAACUCGCAUGAGAGCCGGAUCAGUUGUUUGGGUUUGUCAGCUGAUGGAAGUGCCUUAUGUACAGGAAGUUGGGAUACAAACCUAAAGAUUUGGGCUUUUGGAGGGCAUAGGAGGAUGCACUGUGCUGUUGGGAGAUUCCUUUGCAUUCUCGUCAAGUUAGUGUGGUUUGAAAACCAUGUCAAUGUGCUGUCGCCUGUAAUUCUCAUGUGA